GAGCGCAACAUGGGAUCGCUACUUGGCUUUCAUCUGACUGCUUUUAGGGCGGCGAAUUACUCUAUGAGGUCAAAUGGGAGGGAUACGAAAAGAAGAACUGUGGUUCUAUCUUGGGACUGCAACAAUAGGGCUAACGGGCUUAAACAUAGUGAGAACGCCUCCGAGGCUCUCAACGAAUACCUGAAGAGCAUUGGUGGCAGAGAAGCGCUCCUUAACGAAACCCACACCGCCGUCCAGAGCAAGAAGCGCGGCCGCAAGGAUUCGUCAACCCCGCAAGCAUCUACCACCAGCAAACGAUCCAAGAGAAAUGGCAGCCAUCCUGCAGACUCCGAGCCCCCAGCCAGCGCUAAGCAAGCGGUCUGGAAGCCACCAGCAGGAAGCUGGGAAGAUCAUAUUGCGCACCUUGACGCAUGCGAGGACGAGGAGACCCACAAGCUCAUGGUGUACCUAACAUGGAAGAACGGGCACAGGACUCAACACGAGACUAGCGUCAUCUACUCGAGAUGCCCUCAAAAAGUAGGUUCUAGAGCCCCCCACAUGGCCGUAUUGAAGUGCUGA